UUCUGAAAUUCCUGCUGAAUUUAUUGGUGACCAUCUGCCAACGAUAGCCUCUGGUUAUGAAUCCCCACCCUUCCGAGUUGAAGCAGCUCUUAAAGAACAAAACAUAUUUGUUGCAAAUUAUCCUACCCACGCACCAAACGUGUUUUUAAUUUUUUUCGGUUUUAUUUUGUUUCAAUAAAUAUUUUUUUCAAAUAAAAUAAUUGCACAUUAAUUUUACAUAAAAGCUGGCACACAUUGGCCUUCUGCCAUUGCCGUUAAGGAAUAAUUUAUUUAGUUUUGGAUAUUAUGGAAGGGGCGGAGUACUUAAGUUACCAAAAUAUGUAAAUAUAUCAAUAUUAAAUUCGAAGAAUAGAUAUCAACUUCUAAAAACAAUUAACGUGGGAAAAUUACCAGUUCACAUCUACAUGUAGGCGAGUGUUUAAAUUGGCUAUGCUCCUUUUAAAAGACAUCUUAUGAUUAACAUUUACUAAGUAUGGACUGUCACCAGAGUUGAUGGGAUUUGAAGUGAUGUGUGAUCAUCCGUUUUUAUUAAUGUUUAUUUUUUUUAAAUGUGGCUGCUUCGGCUUUUCUGCUUUUAUCCCUCUUUUUUUUCCACACAGAUCCUUUUACCACAUGGUACUGACAGAUUGUUUGAGCUGCUCGGCAAAAGACAUUCAAAACUAAUUAAGCAGCAUUCCAGUGGUUAUUUGCAAGCACCAGGUACAAUCGAAGGCAUUUGUCAGCGCUCCAGGCCCCUCGUGGGUUUGAUUGACAGCGCCGGGUGAUCCCGCCCCCCCUCCCCGUGUGAUUGACAGUCGUCGGCGAGCCGACCAAUGACGUCCGAGUUGGUGCUCGGGCCAGCGGCGAUUGGCUGGUGGCGUCCACCAAUGGCGUUCCCCAGAUGCCACCCGCUAUCCCAGCCCACCCUGACCCCACGUGGGGUUCCCAGCUCGCCCAUUGGCUGGUCGGGCCGGCGGAGCCUUGGUUACUUUCCACCCUAAUAUGGUCAGGCUCUAGCGGCAGCCUGGGAGGGGGGAAGCGGAGCCGGAGUGCGGUGGGGAGGCGAAAGAGAAACAGACAAGAGAAGGGGGAAGCCGCGUGGAGUGUCUCUGUGUGUGGUAUUCUCGCUGUGAUCGCCUGCAUUUUGAAGCAACAUCUUCCCAACCUCGGAUCGACACAAAAAAAAAAACAACGCUCGAUAAUUGCAAAUAUCGGAGAGCGAGGCGGAGAAUCGACUCGCGGUCUUGUCAAAUGCAAACACCGCCGUGGUGCUGAACUUCAUCGAAGAUUAGUGCAAUUGUAUAUUUUUUCCGGUGGUUGUUGUUGUUGUUGUUGUGGUGGUGGUGGUCCCUGUCGGGGAGGAAGAGCCGGCUGCGUUCCCUGGCAGAAUGCGUGCGUGCCGCUGCUGUUGCUGCCGCUUUGGAACCGGGAGACACUCGCCCUCGCUACUGAACGUUCCAUUAUAGAAUCUCCCCGGGACCUGCCGACGUUCCAACCCGGUCUCCAGAUUCCAAAGACCCCGGGUCAACGUUCCAAAUUCCACCCGCGCCUUCCGAAGCGGACGCCACUUUGUUUAUCUUUCAUUUUGUUUUCUUUCUGCAGAGAGCAAACUGAAAAAAAGCUACUUUUCUUCCAAUACGUGAGAUCUUUUUUUCACCCUCCCUCUUACCACCACCACCACCACCUCCCCCCUCCCGAUAUUAUUCCACGGGUCCGUGAGGCCGACCGAGACUGUGAUGAUCUACGAGCCGGAGUGUGAAACGCUGUCGGCCCCCCCUCAUUACUUGCCCGCACAAAGGGACUUGUAAAACCUCGCCUCCACUGGAGAGGUCUUAUUGCUUUGUUCUGUAGCACUGGGAGUGGUUCCGAUCCUGAGCGGCGUGGCGGUGGACUUCUUUACAGCUGUGUGUGUGUGUUGUUUUUGUGUUAUUGCUGCAUUUAGCCCACGACUUAUCCACCCAGAGUAUCCCUGGUCGGGGAUACAUUGUUCAAGAGAUGUAUCCACAAAGCAGGCACCCGGCCCCGCAUCAACCCUCUCAGCCGUUUAAAUUCACCGUGGCCGAAUCGUGCGACCGGAUCAAAGAGGAGUUUCAGUUUUUGCAAGCACAGUAUCACAGUUUAAAGAUGGAAUGCGAUAAACUCGCGAACGAGAAAACGGAGAUGCAGCGUCACUAUGUGAUGUAUUACGAGAUGUCUUAUGGGCUGAACAUUGAAAUGCACAAGCAGAUGGAGAUUGCGAAAAGAUUAAACACCAUCUUGGCACAGAUCAUGCCUUUUCUUUCACAAGAGCACCAGCAGCAAGUAGCUCAAGCCGUUGAGCGUGCCAAGCAAGUGACUAUGACGGAGCUAAACUCGAUCAUCGGGGUACGUGGAGUUCCCAAUCUGCCUCUCACACAGCACCACGCUAUCUACCCACCUCUCAUGCAGCAGCAGCUCCAGGCCCAGCACCUCUCCCACGCCCACGCUCCUGUCCAAAUGCCGCCCCACCCCUCGGGCCUGCAGCCGCCCGGCAUCGCCCCUGUCUCCGGCAGCGCCGCGGGGCUGCUGGCUCUCUCCGGCGCACUGGGCAGCCAGGCCCAGCUGCUGGUGAAGGACGAGAAGAACCAUCACGAGCUGGACCACAGAGAGAGAGACUCGAGCGUGAACAAUUCUGUUUCGCCAUCAGACAGCCUAAGGCCAAAUGAAAGAAACAGCAGGAGUUCCUCUGACUACCUAGACGCCAAGAAACGCAAGGUGGAGGAGAAAGACUCGAUGAACAGAUAUGACAGCGAUGGCGAUAAAAGCGAUGACCUGGUUGUAGAUGUUUCCAACGAGGAUCCAGCCACGCCGCGGGUCAGCCCCGUGCACUCGCCCCGGGAGAACGGCCUGGACAAGCCGCGCGGCAUCAAGAAGGAUGCGCCCAACAGCCCCGCCUCCGUCGCCUCAUCCAGCAGCACGCCCUCGUCAAAGACCAAGGAUAUGAGCCACAACGACAAGUCGUCGACUCCUGGCCUGAAGUCAAACACUCCAACUCCACGCAACGAGGCUCCUACUCCGGGCACCAGCUCCACACCGGGUCUGCGGCCCAUCACCGGGAAACCACCCGGCAUAGAGUCGCUAGCCCCAGCCCUCCGUGCACCCAUCUCGCUGGCCGGCUCCUACGGCCCUUUCGCCAUGAUGCCUCACCACGACAUGAACGGUGCCCUGACCAGCCCCGGCCCGUACUCCAGCCUCCACAUCUCACCGCAGAUCAACGCAGCCGCCUACCGGUCCCCCAUGGUGAGCUUUGGCAGUGUCGGCUUUGACCCCCACUCCCACAUGCGAGCGCCCGGACUGUCUGCUAGCAUGGCCGCCAUACCAGGAGGAAAGCCCGCCUACUCCUUCCACGUGAGUGCCGAUGGGCAGAUGCAGCCGGUGCCCUUCCCGCCCGACGCCCUGAUUGGGUCCGGCAUCCCCCGGCACGCCCGGCAAAUCAACACCCUGAACCACGGCGAGGUGGUGUGUGCCGUCACCAUCAGCAACCCCACCCGGCACAUGUACACCGGGGGCAAGGGCUGCGUGAAGAUCUGGGACAUCAGCCAGCCCGGCAGCAAGAGCCCCGUCUCCCAGCUCGACUGUCUGAACCGGGAUAAUUACAUCCGCUCCUGCAAGCUGCUUCCCGAUGGCCGUACCCUGAUCGUGGGAGGGGAGGCGAGCACGUUGACGAUAUGGGACCUGGCCUCGCCCACACCGCGGAUCAAAGCCGAGCUCACGUCCUCGGCGCCGGCCUGCUACGCGCUGGCCAUCAGCCCUGACGCCAAGGUCUGCUUCUCCUGCUGUAGCGACGGCAACAUAGCCGUGUGGGACCUGCACAACCAGACACUCGUCAGGCAGUUCCAAGGGCACACGGAUGGUGCAAGUUGUAUAGACAUCUCUCACGAUGGCACCAAACUAUGGACAGGGGGCUUGGACAACACUGUGAGAUCCUGGGAUCUGCGAGAAGGAAGACAACUCCAGCAACAUGACUUCACCUCACAGAUCUUCUCGCUGGGUUAUUGCCCCACUGGGGAGUGGUUAGCAGUGGGAAUGGAGAGCAGCAACGUUGAAGUCUUGCAUCACACUAAACCGGACAAGUAUCAGCUGCACUUGCACGAGAGCUGUGUCCUGUCGCUCAAGUUUGCCUCCUGCGGUAAGUGGUUUGUCAGCACUGGGAAGGAUAACCUGCUGAAUGCGUGGAGGACGCCCUAUGGUGCCAGCAUCUUCCAGUCAAAGGAAUCGUCGUCUGUGUUAAGCUGUGAUAUUUCGACUGAUGACAAGUAUAUCGUCACUGGGUCCGGUGACAAGAAAGCGACAGUCUACGAGGUCAUCUACUGAGGAGAGAGAAACCACAGUGGCACUUUAGACUGCAGCAUUCAGGAAUGGCUCAAAGUACAGCUUUUAUACCGAGAAGGAAUCCAUUGUACGUUACAGUCAACCUGACGACAACUGGUUUACGAAAGACUGUCUGGGAUAUUCGAGGCUUGCUUUAAGUCUGAGAGUUGACGGCUCUCCUUGCAGCUCUGCGGAAGGCUUGAGGUUGUGCCCUGUUUGAAUCGGAGAUGUUUGAGAUUUAUCGAAGGCCUGACCGGGCUUCCUUCCUCUGAACCUUUCCAUGGUGGCCCUGGAGGAUGAGUGGCCUGGAAUGUACGUGUGGAUGUUGGGGACUCCCAGCGUGAAGCGGUGCUUCGCUCGUGAGCCCGUUACAACUGUGCUGUAAAUAUUGGGUGAAGCUGGGGUUCUGCCCAGUUCUUUUUGGGGUGUUUCUGCAUCGUACCCCGAGACCACGGCACCAGUGUUUAGGGGUGCAUACACCCCACGGAGGUGGAACAGUCUCCCAGGAAGAUAAAAACGAGGUUCUGAAACGAGAAGAGAACUUGCUGGUUUGGGAGAGGAUGGGGGGUAAAUGACGGGGAAGAUGGGUCAGUGAUGGCCUUAACAGAAUUACACGUUCCUACCUAUGGACAUGGCAUCUCCAACCUUGCUUCAAGGCUGCCAUUCUCGUGCGGGAACUGUGACGCAUUGCUGGAGACACUGCUCAGGGAGUCUGCGGAACAGAUUUGAGUGUUUUCUUUUCAUUUGACCUCCGUGUGCACAUGGAACCAGAAGGGAAGCCGACAUUUGUUGGAGCUGCUGAUGGAGAAUUUGGACUUUUUCAGAAGAGAUUUAUUUUUUAACAAUUCCCCGCUCCCUCUGUCCACAAUGAGUUUCUCGUCUUCAAAUGAUUGGAUUGGUCUCAGUUCAGCUGUAGUCUGAUCUGUUUUAUGUGUAUAUAUGUUCAAAUCCAAGAUAGCUAAUGGUGCAGCGUUCCUGCAGAGAAAAGUCUUGAUUUAUUUUUACUUUUUAACAUUUCAGCUGUAAGAGAAAAGUACAUAACAAUAGUGUCUUACAAAAUAUCACUGUCUUGUUUCCCCUUCUCUACAUUUGGCUGCUGGCUGCAUUCAUUGAGUCCAGUCUAUUGUUUCAAGAAGCAGUGAGGAUUGGGCCUGGGGGUGCUGUUAUUAAUGAUCCCACUACUCAGAAUUGGGCACCCAUUGUUCAAUUUGCCCUCCACUUUGUACUGUUGUUUUACCCCUCAAGCUGCCCUUUCGCUUCAUCUGAUCCGCCAAUCUCCCUUGUUCCCCUUCCCUUAGCAGUUGGAGUUUUUAAACUCUUUAUAAGUUUGGAUUGGGAACGAUUAAACCCUGAGGGAGCUUGACAGAGUGGGAUUAUUCCCAAUUUGGGGAAGGGGGAGAACUACCACACAAGGGGCCUCGAUAUACAACCAAGGAGUUUAUCUAUUUAUUACAGAGACGAAGCAAGCCUUUUUGCAACUCUCGGCCUCAAGAGUGUCGGAGAGCCUUUGCAAUGGAGGCAGAAUGAUUGUCGAUGAGCGGGAUCAGGUGGCCGUGUAGAGCUGAGCUUGCCGUCAGAUCAGCCAGGAUCCCAUUGAAAGGGAGAGCAGGCAUGGAGUUUGAAUGCUCGCCCCAUUCACUGAGGAGAGCGAGCCUUUCCCUGCACAAUGUUUGAGACUGCUCUCAGGCUUCUUAUAAACCUAAUGGGGGGGACAGCGCAGGCCAUUCGGCCCGAGAGCCUUUCUGCUGUUCCAGAGGCUUGUGGCUGAAGUAUGGGGUGGCAUCACGGGCACACACUUGGUACUUCACUAGGGUUUGGUGUUGAACCCUACAUGAUCUGCACAGGGCUCACCCUGAACCACAGAGGACACUUGUAAAGAUGGGCACCUCACUCUGUCUGGGCACUCUCCCUGCAUGUGGCUGUGAUGUUAAAACCAGGCUGAGCGGGGAUGGAAGGGCGACAAUUGUUUGGGCCAAAGUUGGAUGGCUUGAGUGUUUGUUUCUCCCCAGCCCUCGCUUGUUCACCCCUUCACCUAUUGGCAGCCAAUUCAGACAUGGUCCUCUGGAAUUUUGCUUCAGCCCAAUCGAGUUCACUUCCCUGCUCCCAGUCUGGGCAAACCACCCCUGUGAUGGUUCGAACUUGCUCAGUGUGUCUACAACUUGACUUCCCAAUGACAUUCUAGCCACAAAUCACCUCCCCUGGUGGAAUUUAAAACAAUUUUGGAAUUUUUUUUUUUUUUUUUUUUUUUUUUUUUUUGUGUGUCCGGAUUAUCUCUUUAUGAAAAGUAAAUUCUCAAUGGAGCAGAAAUGUACAUGACUCAAGACUCUGACACCGAACUUGUUCAGAAACCACUUGUUGGGUCAUGGGGGUUUCUGCCCUUGAGAUCUCUUGACACCAGAUUUGUAGCAACGUAACUUUGUGAUCACUGAAGAAGAUGUACAGUUGUUAAUAAUUCAAUAAAAGUUUUUUUUUAAAACACUGUA